GCUUCCGCGUCGAACGCGGAAUUAAUGACGCUCGGGUACUAUUUCCUGCCCGAUUGCAUUUUCGGGACGUAACAGUGGACCCGCUCAUCCUUUUCGGUUUGUUGUCAUUUGGGUGCCAAAAUGCCCAAAAAGAAGACCGGUGCUCGGAAAAAGGCGGAGAAUCGAAAGGAACGAGAGAAGCAGAGCCGAGCCAACCGGGACUUGGUGGACUUGGCAAAGCAUCCUUGCAACGUCAAUAUGGAUUGUGAUAAAUGUCAGAGAAAACAGAAGAACAGAGCAUUCUGUUACUUUUGCAAUGCCGUGCAGAAACUUCCCACGUGCGCACAAUGCGGGAAAACCAAGUGUAUGAAGACUUCAGACUGUGUCAUCAAACACCCUGGCAUCAACAGCACUGGGAUGGGAAUGGUGGGGGCAGUGUGCGACUUCUGUGAAGCUUGGGUGUGCCACAGCAGGAAAUGCCUGAGCACUCACGCCUGCGUGUGUCCGCUGACUGAAGCCGACUGCAUCGAGUGUGAACGCGGUGUGUGGGACCACGGUGGGCGUAUUUUCCGCUGCUCCUUCUGUCAAAACUUCUUGUGCGAGGAUGAUCAAUUCGAGCACCAGGCCAGCUGCCAAGUCCUUCAAGCCGAAACAUACAAAUGCGUUUCCUGUAACAGACUGGGCCAGCACUCGUGCCUGCGCUGUAAGUCCUGCUACUGCGAUGACCACGCAAAGAGCAAAGUGUUCAAGCAGGAGAAGGGGAAAGCGCCGCCGUGUCCCAAGUGCGGCCAUGAGACCCAAGAGACCAAAGACCUCAGCAUGUCUACGCGCACAUUGAAAUUCGGACGCCAGGCUGGCGCCGAUGAUGACGAUGACGACGACGGCUACGGAGCGUCGGGCUACGACGCCUACUGGAAGAACGCUGCGGCCGGAGGCGGAGGACGCAACUACGAUGACGAUGAUGAUGAUGAGGAGGAGGAGGACGAGGAUGAGGAUGACGAUGAGGACGAGGAGGAAGAGGAGGACGAGGGCGAAGAAGAAAUGGCCGCUCUUAAAUUAACAUAACCACCAAAUUCUGAAAUGGGACAAGAUUUUUAUAGAAAGUCAGGUGGUGGUUUUGUUGCCCCGCCCCCCCAAACAAUUUUAACAACAUUUUAUUGACUGCCGUCACAAAUAUGUCACAUGAUUUGCCAGCAUAGGAUCGUGCUUGAAUAAAAUACAUUGGCACAGAAA